AUGCCCAUCUCUUCACAACUGAACUUCAUCAACGAGUUCGCAACUCUCGAGUCUGAGGAUGAGGAUGCUGUAAAAUCUAGCCAUGCACUUGACUUGCUGGCUGAGAUUUAUGCUGCCGAGAAGCAGCAGAAUGACAAGGCUGUUAAGGCAUACGACUUGCUGGCUAGCAAGUACGAUCCCAUCAGAGCCAAUUACUGGGCUUAUCUGAAGGAUCAGUUGAGCCAGGGACAGGUGGCUGCUUAA